AUGGACGGAAAGCGGCAUCCCAGCUCCUUCCAACAGCUCGAGAAGCUAGGUGAGGGAACGUAUGCUACUGUCUUCAAGGGCCGUAACAGGCAGACCGGAGAGCUUGUCGCACUCAAGGAAAUACACCUCGACUCCGAAGAAGGCACCCCGUCCACCGCUAUUCGGGAGAUCUCGUUGAUGAAGGAACUCAAGCACGAAAACAUCGUCGGCCUACACGAUGUCAUUCAUACUGAGAACAAGCUUAUGCUUGUUUUCGAAUAUAUGGAUGGCGACCUGAAGAGGUACAUGGAUACACAUGGCGACCGCGGUGCCCUCAAACCCACUACCAUCAAGUCAUUCAUGUACCAGUUACUCAAAGGCAUCGACUUUUGCCACCAGAAUCGUGUGCUUCAUCGUGACCUUAAGCCUCAAAAUCUGCUGAUCAACAGCAAGGGCCUCCUGAAGCUUGGUGAUUUUGGUCUUGCUCGUGCCUUUGGUAUUCCUGUCAAUACUUUCUCAAAUGAAGUCGUUACUCUCUGGUAUCGCGCCCCUGAUGUUUUACUCGGCAGCCGUACAUACAACACCAGCAUCGACAUCUGGUCGGCCGGUUGCAUUAUGGCUGAGAUGUUUACGGGGCGGCCCUUGUUUCCCGGAACCACCAAUGAAGAUCAAAUCAUUCGCAUUUUCCGCAUCAUGGGAACGCCGACAGAACGUACCUGGCCAGGAAUCAACUCGUUCCCUGAGUACAAGCCAACUUUCCAGAUGUAUGCUACCCAGGAUCUUCGAAACAUCCUCCCGGCGAUUGAUCCAACUGGUAUAGACCUGUUGCAAAGAAUGCUCCAGCUUCGACCGGAGUUGAGGAUCAGUGCACACGAGGCCCUUCAGCACGCUUGGUUCAGCGACCUACUGAUGCACCCUCAGCAGCAGGCUCUCCAGGCACAGGCUCGUGCAUACUCUCAAGCUGUCCCCAGCCAAGGCUUCGACACAUACUAG